UUGCGCGCCUGGACAACGGGGAGGAGGGAUUACCCGCACGGAAUCUGAGCCGAAAUCUCAGCAUGUCUCCACCCCAGGAGGUCGGCCAUCUCAGUGUUUCCGGAUACCCUCGUCGCCCGGAAUCCAAGAUGGACUAACAAACUCCGACGGGCUCACAAACCCUGGGGUCUUUCUUAGGCCAGGCAGCAGUCUCAUCUACUUGCUACAGCUUUACUUGUAAAUCUUCAUCACAGCAAUAUCUGAUCAUAGAAACACAUCAACGCCGUCAGCAUGGCUUCUAACGGUGCUGGAGUGUUCUACUCCUCGGCGUUUUUUCAGAUCCGUGAUCUGGGAGCUGCUGAGAUAGUUCGCCGGAUUGCACUUUUCUCAGCCUAUUCCUUCUCUUUGUUCCUCGUGUUCUUCACGAUCCGCGCCAUAUACAAUAUUUGGUUCCACCCCCUUUCGAAAUAUCCAGGACCAUGGUACGCAGCAACCACCAACCUCGUGUACUACAUUGCCGACAUCACCGGCUACCGAGAGCGCUGGAUCCUCAGGCAGCAUCAAAAGUACGGCGAGGUCGUCCGCACCGGCCCGAUCCGCCUGAGCUACACGUCGGCCUCGGCCUGGAAGGACAUCGUCGGCCAUCGCUCGGCCGGGAAGCUGGAGAUGCUCAAGGACCCUUGGUUGUACGACGCUGGACAGGCCUUUGGCUCCGACGGCGUCUCCAUGAUCAGCAACGUCGACUCUGAGACGCACGGAAAGAUGCGCAAGAUCUUCACCAGCGCCUUUUCGGACCGCGCCCUCCGCGAGCAGGAGCCCCUGCUGCUCAAGUACGUCGACAAGCUCAUCAGACGCAUCCACACCGACCUGUCCGGGGACCCCAACCGACCGCUCGAUCUCGUCCUGCUCCUCAACUGCACCACUUUCGACAUCAUGGCCGACCUGACCUUUGGCGAGUCUCUUGGCAUGCUCGACAACGGCAAGUACACUCCAUGGGUGGCCAGGAUCUUUGAUACAAUCAGGUACGCGGCCAUCUUCGGCAUCGCGGGUCGCUGGGUCUGGCUGCGGAACCUCGUGAGAGCCACCCUGCCCGCCUCGAUGCGCAAAUCGUUGGAGGAGCACAGGGGAUACGUCAACGAACGUGUGGAGCGCCGCAUGGACAAGGACACGGACCAACCCGACAUCUGGAACCUGGUACUGCGCAAUCCCGAAAACGUCAAGCUGCUGGGCAGGGGAAGCAUGAACGAGCACGCGAACCUCUUCAUGGUCGCCGGUACUGAGACUACAGCUACUCUUCUCAGCGGCUUGACCUACUUCCUGCUCAAGAAACCCUCCACGUACGAAAAGAUCGUUGCCGAGGUCCGAAGUCUCCCCGAAGAUGGUCUGCACAUCGACUCCCUGCGCCAGCUGCCGUAUCUCCAAGCUUGCUUCGAGGAGGCCCUGAGGAUGUACCCACCCGUUCCCAUGGGUAUGCCGCGCGUCGUGCCCCCGGGAGGCGCUGCUAUAUCCGGUGGCUUUGUCCCCGAAGGUACACGUGUUGCCGUCCACCAACUCUCAUGCUACCGGAACGAGAAAAACUUCAAAAAUGCCUUCGAGUUCAUCCCCGAGCGGUGGCUGCCCGAGUACGCCGACGAAUACGGCAGCGACCGCAAGGAGGCGCUACAGCCUUUCUCCUACGGCCCGCGCAACUGCAUGGGCAAGAACCUGGCCUACCACGAGAUGCGCUUGAUUUUUGCCAAGCUCCUUUGGAACUUUGACAUUGAGCUCUGUCCAGAGAGCGACAACUGGACCGACCAGAGGAUCUUCAUACUUUGGGAGAAGCAUCCACUCAUGGUCAAGUUCAAGCCGAGGAAGGUUUAGAUUUUGAUCAGCGAGGUAAACUGGCUGUCUUUUCUGGGGGUUUUUUUUGUUUUUGUUUUUUUUUGUCUUUUUUUCUCCCCCCUUCCCAAUCUGUUUCUCAUAGAUUGCAUUGUUUGGGCGAUCUCUGACUUUUUCG